CUUGGCAUACAGAGUAUAUAAGCCUUGUGAGAUCGGUGUCUGAUGCGGCUUCACAUAGUCUUCUCUUCUUGACCAUCCAAACCUCCACACAAACCGUCUCGAGAUGGCACCAAAGAAGGCAAAGAGGAGGCAGGCAGCAGGCGAGGGCGGCUCCUCCAACGUCUUCUCUAUGUUUGAGCAGAGCCAGAUCCAGGAGUACAAGGAGGCUUUCACAAUCAUUGACCAGAACAGAGACGGUAUCAUCAGCAAGGAUGAUCUGAGGGACGUGUUGGCCUCAAUGGGCCAGUUGAACGUGAAGAACGAGGAGCUGGAGGCUAUGGUAAAGGAAGCCAGCGGCCCCAUCAACUUCACAGUCUUCCUUACCAUGUUCGGAGAGAAGCUGAAGGGUGCUGACCCCGAAGACGUUAUUGUUUCCGCCUUCAAGGUCCUCGACCCCGAGGCAACCGGAUUCAUCAAGAAGGAAUUCCUUGAGGAACUCCUGACCACUCAGUGCGACAGGUUUACCGCAGAGGAGAUGAAGAACCUGUGGGCCGCCUUCCCCCCAGAUGUGGCUGGCAACGUUGACUACAAGAACAUCUGCUACGUCAUCACACACGGAGAGGAGAAGGAGGAGUAAAGAAAACAAGUUUGGAGAAUAGAAAAACAGCAUCCCUCGCCAUUCUGCCAUCGUGAUCCUCACAUCCUCCCCUGUCCGGCUUUUAAAACCUUCCAUCCUUCCUACCUUUCAUGUGCUCACGUGCUCCGGCUCUCAGGCUCACACAUUUGCUCAAAAGACUUAUGUGAGAGAGACAGCAAUCGUGAGAAGUCUAUGUUUGUUUAUGGGGAAAUGGGAUUAUUUGCAAUAAAAAUGAUCUUGUAACAUUA